GGUGACGUCACCCUGCACCCGGAAGUAGUUUCUGCACACCGCUUUGAAUGAAAUCCGGCUGAUUCACUGCGGCUUCCGGCAGGAUACUCUGGUGAAGUUAGAAAGGUUCAGCUCAGCGUUGUAGUGUAAGAAAUAUGGACCGACUGCUGAGGCUUGGGGGCGGUAUGCCUGGACUUGGUCAGGGCCCUCCGACCGAUGCUCCUGCAGUGGACACUGCUGAACAAGUGUAUAUCUCCUCUCUGGCUUUGCUUAAGAUGUUAAAGCAUGGACGGGCUGGUGUCCCCAUGGAAGUGAUGGGACUGAUGCUAGGGGAGUUUGUGGAUGAUUACACAGUCAGAGUUAUUGAUGUGUUUGCUAUGCCUCAGUCUGGAACCGGUGUUAGUGUCGAGGCAGUGGAUCCUGUGUUUCAAGCCAAAAUGUUGGACAUGUUGAAACAGACCGGAAGGCCCGAGAUGGUGGUGGGUUGGUACCACAGUCACCCCGGCUUCGGUUGCUGGCUUUCUGGCGUCGAUAUCAACACCCAACAGAGCUUUGAAGCCUUAUCGGAAAGAGCCGUAGCAGUGGUAGUGGAUCCUAUUCAGAGUGUAAAGGGAAAGGUUGUUAUUGAUGCCUUCCGAUUAAUUAAUGCCAACAUGAUGGUUCUGGGACAUGAACCAAGGCAAACCACUUCAAAUCUUGGUCACUUAAACAAGCCAUCCAUACAGGCAUUAAUACACGGUCUUAACAGGCAUUACUACUCUAUUACCAUCAACUACAGAAAGAAUGAACUGGAACAGAAAAUGCUGUUGAAUUUACACAAGAAGAGUUGGAUGGAGGGUCUGACGUUACAAGAUUACAGUGAGCACUGUAAGCUCAAUGAGACGGUGGUGAAAGAGAUGCUGGAGUUGGCAAAGAACUACAACAAGGCUGUAGAGGAAGAAGAUAAGAUGACCCCCGAGCAACUUGCUAUAAAGAAUGUUGGGAAACAGGAUCCCAAGCGCCACUUGGAGGAACAUGUGGAUGUGCUGAUGACCUCCAAUAUUGUCCAGUGUUUAGCAGCCAUGUUGGACACGGUUGUAUUUAAAUAGCGGGUGAAUUGUGGGUGUGUGUCUGUGGCCAGAAUAUGUAUGGAAGCAGCUGACAACAUUCUUGGCUGUUUUAUAUUUCACAAUACUGUGUAUAAAUCGCAAUAAGCUUCAAUCCAUACG